AUGUCUGGGCGCGAUGAAUCUCGUGAUCCGGGAUCCCCGCCGUCCUCCCAACAUGGACCGACGCCUAUGUCCCCGCCGGCGGACGACAAUCCUUGGGCGUCAACUACGCACUCUGACCAUCCAGUUUCACCUGUACCCGAUGUACCUCAAUGGCCCACUUCUCCUCCAAUGCGCCAACUUUCACCAGUGAACUUCUCCUUGCCGCCGUUUUCGUCCCUCUUCUCGGCUGCGACUCAGGGCCGCGCCCAUAACUCUGCUCGAAGGUCUCUCUCCCCGGAGCCGGUCGGGCAUCCUGACGAUCAGGGCUCCGGUCCCAAACGGCCCAGGAUGUCGACACCAUCUUACCUGCAAGCACAGUUCUCCAGUAGCACGGCUCCGAAACUCAGAUCGACCCUCCUGCCGAACCGCAAGCCGCAUGUGCCGGGUUUCUUACUUGCACAGCAGGAGUUAGAGCGCCAGCACAUGAACGGUCUAAAAGAAUAUCAGAUGGCCGCAGGAUCGUACGGUGGAGGCGUUGCUUUACCCGCAAGACUCAAUGUGUUCCCUGAUCCUCAAAUCAACUCGACGGCCGUUCCCCUUGGUCGGCCGGCGGCUGCUCCUGUGACGGAACGUAGCGAAGAUGGAGAUGAUGAUGAAGAGAUGCUCGAGGCUGAGCGUCGCUCGAGACGAGCAGAGAAGCAGCCUCAGACGAAUCCUGCUACGGGUCCUGAGCCAAGCACAAGCCGUACGUCGUUCGAUUCCGGAGGCGCUGGAUCUACCCGCAAGCGUGCCGCAUCUCCAGACUUGGAGAAACCUGAGGAUCGCAGGCCAGCUCCUCCGCAACAGUCCGCGGGUUCGCCGGCCGAACCGCCCGCAAGCAACACUGAACCUGCCCGCAAGCGUACUGCAUCUCCAGACGUGGAGAAACCUGAGGAUCGCAGGCCAGCUCCGCAACAGCCCGCGGGUUCGCCGGCCGAACCACGCGGUAGUCCUGUCUUUGGGUCAUCAUCUUCGACGCAUCAAGAGACCGCGGUCGCGCUUUUCCAUGAAGUCCGCACUAAUUCCAACGACCUCGCCCUUAUGCGCGCGGACAUGAACUUGAUAGCGAUCAACCUCAGAGGCGCUCGUGCACCUUCGAACGCCCAACCCGGUCCAUCCCUUCCCGAUGACGACACCACCAGUGCUACACACGCCCGCGAAGCUAAGCUCGAUCGUUGGGCCACUGCCGCUGGAUUCAAGACGGCGCGCAGAGUCCGUAGUAGGGGCAAGGACAAGAAUCGGCUCGCUAGGGAUGUGCGGGAGAUGACCUUUGGUCUAUGCGGCAGGGCGACGCGCACGUGCCCCUUUGCACGCCCUCCCCCGUCGGAAGAUGCGGUUCUUAAUUUUUACCGGACAGGGCGAGGCGGGCCGACUCGAGAGACGUUCAUGUUCGCGACGAGCCCGAGCAAGGUCAAGAACAUGUGGAACAUCAAGUGCGGCGAGAUUGUCGCCGAGUGUCUAAGGAACGACGAAGGGACCGACUACUCGGAAGAAGACAGCGACGCGAUUCAAGCCGCAUUCGACACCUACCUGAUAACACUCAACAAGCACCUCAACGACCGUGGCUUCGUCGGCGGCCCUGCAACCGAACCCAGAUGUCGUUGGACCAAGAAACAAGCCCAGACGGCGCGAAGGAAUGGUCGCCGAGAAACGACGGGCGAGUCGCGCCUCUUGGCCCUUGAAUUGUCAGAUCUACCGGCAGAUGUCGUAGACAAUUACAAGAAGGUGGGCCUCGACGGAGGGAGCGACGACGAGUCAGACCACGAAGGUCAAAGCAAUACCUUCGCGAUCAAGGAAUUGAUGUGGCAAAGUUCCCAGAUGCGCACCCUUUCCCGGUGUUUGGAUCUCAAGAAUCUGUCUCUCAAGUUUAAAGAAGAUGGAACAGCCCGGCCUGGCAACUGGCCUCGUCGCCGUAUCCCAUCGCAGCGUCCUCGACCUGCCUUUACGGUAGAAAGCGCAGGGGAAAUAUUCAAAGGGGCAAUACAGGGUCUCCCAAAGAACUGGUAUGACCAGAUGUGGCUACACGCUCUGGCACCGCCGUUGUACGAAGCCCUUCGCGUCGGUCCCGAGGUCGAGAUUGAACUUCCCCAGCCGUUCAUCAUGGAGGUCGCACGGUAUAUACACCUUGCCGUUCCCACUUUGCCUGACAGCCCCGCCGAAAGGGCCAGACGCUCGGCUUUCAGCGAGCAGGCCGAAGCGCAGGAGCAAUUGAUGUACUGGUUGCGUACAGGACGCGCACAGCAAGCUGAUUCCGGGCUCGCAUGA